AUUCGCCGGUGGGUAUCGACGCCGCACACUGGGGCGCCGACCUCGGCGAGGCCGAUGGAGCGGGGCAGCGCCGACGCCGCGCAAGACGCAUAUCUCCGCGGAGUUGAAUCCCUGAGGCUUGCAGCCCAUCACGUGCAAGCGGCAGCGAGAGAGCGCCCCAACUCCGUCAGUCUGAGGGACGUGCACGACACUUUGAGUACCAACGCCAUUUCUUCGUGGGGCGGUGAAAUUGAAGGCGCGACCGGUCUCACGUGCCAGUGGCACGACCAAGGCUGGGGCAAUCGGAAGGGCAUGGUGUUCGCGCGUACCACUGGCGGCACGCCAUACUAUGGCACGUGGCAGCCCCUCUCUGGGAACGAAGCCCCGCAUGCAAUCACCCGCUUGGGGGUCCAACUGCCGUUUUCGCUCCGCGGGCGUCGCGUGCAAUUCGGCUACCGCGUGGGCGGCAGCGGCGUCGGCGGCGGUCACGAGAUACACAUCGUGCAGGCGAUUGUCAAUGUCCAAGGCGGAACCGCGCCGGCCCCGGCGAGGCCGACGGGAAACGCGGCAGCGAGUGAUCCAAACGCAGCUCUCUAUGCGCGGCUGCAAGCGCAACACGAAGAGCAUAACCGCGACGCCGCGCGAGACGAGGCGGCGCGCCGCGAGGCCGCCCGCGCGAGGGAAGCGGCAGCGGAGCGGGCCCGGCGAGACGAGGCGGCGCGCCUUGAGGCGGCGCGCCUUGAGCGCGCAAGGGCCGCCGCGCGCGUGGCGCCGACCACCGCGUGCCGGGUCUGCGGCGGGAAUUUCCCCCACCCAGCCUGUUCAGGCUGCGGCACGCCGGGAGCGCGCGCGGCGGCGACCACCGCCCAGCCGGGCCAUUCGAGUCCUCCAAGCCAUAGCCCGCCGGGCGGCCUGAUCUCGACGGACGAGAUCGCGGGCUGCUGGGUGUGCAUGUGCUUCCCGUUCGGCGCUACAGCCAUCUUCAGCAAGGAAGCCACGGGGCCCAACUCGCUCAAGCACGCGGGCCUCAUCCUCAGCCCAGUAUUCUGGCCCUUUGAGGAACACCGCAUCCGUCAUCCCGGCACCAACGGCUUUUACAAGGUCGGGGAACCGCAGGACGUGGACCAGUACGAUUCGAGCGACUGCGCCUGCAACGGGCUGGCUUGCAGCAUGAAGGUCUGCUGAGGAUGCUUGCCGACGCGCACGAGUUUGACAUCCUCCGUACUUCCGAAGGCGCGACGGGAGAGACGACGGCCCGCGGGCGAGGAGCACGCGCCGCGCGAGGCCCCUGCCCCCAGACGCGCGCGACAAGCUGAUAGAGAGGGCGGACGUUCCACAUUGUUACCGAGGCCGUUCUGCUCAGAAGGAAGUGCAUGCUGUUAUGGCCUUUAGAGGCUUGGUGUAUGUCCUCUUUCCUCUAGGAUAUUCCUUCCUUGAUUAUUUAUUUAUUUAUUUAUUUAUUUAUUAUUCAUAUUUAUUUAUGCUGUCAUGAACGGCGGCCCGCGCCCACCGCCCCGGCCGACCUGGCGCCGCAGCAGAUUAUGCUGCAGAUAACACGCCCGACGCCAUCGACGCGGCACUAGGUAAGUCCGGCGUAAGCUUAAGGUUACGAGACGCGAUUCAGUGGGGUGGGACGUAGAACGAUUCGUACAAAAGCUCGUAGUAAAAACGUCGAAAACCCGACCAGAUCGGCAUGCGCACUUUUUGCUGCAGCGCGGCGGGCAUGCGAAGUUGCCAAGGGACUAGACUGCCAUGAGCGCUGCCCCGCCCAAGCGAUAGUGGGCCCCACAUCGUCCUGCCAUCCAGACUCGCGACGCGCGCAGAUGGAACGACUUGUACGCCUCGCCUGCCCCAUCUGCCGCACGCAGCCUCCACGGCGCGCCUGUGGGAACAGAGUCUUCGCAUCGGCCCACUGUCCCGUCUGCUUAGAGACGGCGGAACCCGUCGUGGCCCUGCCCUGCGGCCACGCCCUCUGCGAGGGAUGCUUCGGGCGCAUACCGGGCGGCGCCCUGCUCGUCGAUGGACAAAGUGUCGGCGCUGCUCCUCGCCCUGCGGAAGAGGCAAGGGCCUCGGAGGCGCAGGACCGCGACGCGACGCGGCAGCGGCACGCGGAGGCGGAGGACGCUGCGGCGCGGCGCGAGGCCGUCGAGCGGUCGCGGCGGGAGGCGGCCGAGGAGCGCGAGCGCCAGCGCGAGGCGGCGGCAGCAAGGGCUGAGGAAGUUCAGUGCGUCAUCUGCCAGGAGACUAUCCGGGGCGGCGACCAGCGGCUGCCCUGCGCGCACGUCUUCCACCGCGCGUGCCUCGCGCGGUGGCUCCCGGAGCACCGGUCCUGCCCUGUCUGUCGAACCCCCGUCUCGGCGGCGGAGCAAUCCGCGGCGGCCCCGGCAAGGCCGUCCGCCGACGCCGCGCGAGACGCGGCGGCCGCGCGCGCGGAGGCCGUCGAGCGGUCGCGGCGCGAGGCGGAACGGGCCCGCGCGGAGCUCCGCGCCGCGCGCGACGAGGCGGCGCGCCGCGAGGCCGCCCGCGCGAGGGAGCGCGACGAGGCGGCGCGCCGCGAGGCCGCCCGCGCGAGGGAAGCGGCAGCGAGAGAGCGCCCCAACUCCGUCCGUCUGAGGGACGUGCACGACAGGUUGAGUACUGACGCCAUCUCCUCGUGGGGCGGUGAAAUUGAGGGCGCGACCGGUCUCACGUGCCAGUGGCACGAUCAAGGCUGGGGCAAUCGGAAGGGCAUGGUGUUCGCGCGUACCACUGGCGCCACGCCAUACUAUGGCACGUGGCAGCCCCUCUCUGGGAACGAAGCCCCGCAUGCAAUCACCCGCUUGGGGGUCCAACUGCCGUUUUCGCUCCGCGGGCGUCGCGUGCAAUUCGGCUACCGCGUGGGCGGCGGCGGCGGUCACGAGAUACACAUCGAGCAGGCGGUUGUCAAUGUCCAAGGCGGAACCGCGCCGGCCCCGGCGAGGCCGACGGGAAACGCGGCAGCGAGAGAGCGCCCAUCCUACAAUGCCGCAUUCGCGUUUAACCAGCGCGUCGAGGUGCGGUGCCGCGGCGGCAACCAGUGGUUCACCGGCAAGAUCACAGCCACUCCGCCAUUUGGGCGCAAUCGCUUGUACGACAUCCUAUACGACGACGGGGAGUCCGAGGCACGCGUCGCUGAAUCGCGGAUUCGCCGGUGGGUAUCGACGCCGCACACUGGGGCGCCGGCCUCGGCAAGGCCUUCCGCCGACGCCGCGCGAGACGAGGCGGCGCGCCGCGAGGCCGCCCGCGCGAGGGAAGCGGCAGCGGAGCGGGCCCGCGCCGCAACGUUGGAACACAUGCGAGCGGCAUUCCACGUUGGCCAGCGCGUCGAGGCGCGGACGUCGACUAGGAGCAACCAGUGGUUCCCCGCCAAGAUCACAGCCGUUAACGGCGGCCGCUUGUACGACAUCCUCUACGACGACGGGGGGAUCUCCCGAGGCAAAUCCGAAUCGCUGAUUCGCCGGUACACGGGGAGUGGACCCGCGGCGCCGCCGCCGCGCUCCGCGUGCCGGGUCUGCGGCGGGAAUUUCCCCCACCCGGCCUGUUCAGGCUGCGGCACGCCGGGCGCGCGCGCGGCGGCGACCACCGCCCAGCCGGGCCAUUCGAGUCCUCCAAGCCAUGCUUUCCCCGACGCGCGGUCGUUCGCCGGAUGCUUUUGUACCAUCUUUCCGUGCAUUCCAUUUGCGCCUUUGGCAUGCGAAAACAUCAUACCUCAUGACAGCAAUUCCUACCAAUCCAAGGGCGUGGUUAUCCUCAUGUUCGGUUAUAUUCCUAUUCCUUUUUGCUGGGACGAUCACUUGGCGCGUAAGCACGGCAAUACUUUUGAAGUCACGACUGGCUGCUGCCAAGGAACCACGGAUACCUGGACGAGCGCAGACGGGUUUCACACUUCCAGCAGCUGCUGCCCUGCGUUUAGAUGCGGGUAAACACACUACGCACACCAGCACUUCAUUCCCGUUUGGAUCUUCACGCUUCCUUCGAAGGACCACACCAACGGGUUCUGGUCGUGAAAUCCGCACUUCGCGUAUUUCGACGCCCACGUUUGCAGUCAAAACCGUUUCGCACCGCAAGACCCUUCCUUAAGUUUCUUCGCGUCUAA